CAUGAACCAAAUGUCAAAUCAAUGCAAAUAAAGAAUAAUCUUUAAUAAAUUAAGGCUACAAACUAAAGAAUUAAUUAUUAUUUAUUGAUGUAAGAUGCAAAGAUUGCUUGUUUAAUAAGUAAACAGAACAGAACGUGACUCUUAGUAUAAAUUGUUAUUACUUGAUUAUACUUAUGCUAUAAUACGCCAUGGAUCAAGAUUUCACGAGCAUUUUAAAUAUAAUAUUUAUCAUCAGUGGCGGUGUACUUACAUUUGUAAUCUUGUUCAUAUUCGCUAAGAGACAAAUAACCAGGUUCGCCCUUCGAUCACGCAGAGGACCCCACGUUCCUAUUGGAACAGACGCAAAAAAGUGUUUGAAAAGAGAAAUCGAGCGUCGAAUUGAAGCUGUGCCGCGUAUAAUGCACGAACCUCGUCUGCUGUCCACAGAACCCUCGCACUACAUACUGGAGCCACAACAACCCUACCAUUAUAGAUUCCGGGCCGUUGAUGAUGUCAAAACUCUUGAAGAAGAAAUAGCUCAUCAAGACCCCAAUCUCCGUCGUCACCCUCGUGAGUCGUUACGGGCGUUUCUUCUAUCUUCGUUAGCAGUGCCACUAGAUGGUCGGGGGCAGAAGCUGGUUCAUCAAUUCUGUGACGCCUACGAGUCCGCUAGACACCAUCCAGCAGAAUUUGGGGAAGACGAGUACAGGGCUUACAGUCGUCUACUCAUGAAGUUAUUGGAUGCGGCUCGUCUGUUAAAGAGUGUGUCGUGCGUGAGUUCAGUCCGGAGCAGUCCUCAGCGGAGACCUGCCCGCCUCUUGGAUCCAGCGAGACUCCGCACAGCUCACCGACCAAACAAUCAUUACACUGCGCUUGAGAACAUGCCGGUGGAGGCGAAGUUACAGGACGAGGUGCUCCGCGUCCCUGUGAAGACUCCCACCGAGCCGCCGACCAAGCCCCCGGCCGACGAGACGGCACUCUGAGGGCGGAGCGCCCAUCACGAGGCGCUAACAUUGUGAACUACCGACAUUGACAUAAGUGAACUUGUGAUAUUUCGGCUCCAGACCAAGAAAUACGUCUCGGAGACUGAAGAUAAGUGCUGUGUGAGGCGUAUGUGUGGACCGGGGACGGGGCUUGUGAUGCGACUAGAUGUUUAUUUAAAUAUACUGAGAUGUAUGUAUCUCAGAGCGUUCGCUGUUAUUGCCAUACAUGUAUUAACUAAAACUAUUGACAUUAAAAUAGGUUUAAGUCAAUAAAAGGAUCUGUACCAAAGGUUUCAGCCUACACCUGUAUAUACACUCUGUGAAGUAUAUAAUAUACAGGGAAUCCCUUCUUCUAACUCAUGUUAUGUAUGCGACAACAUGUGAGGGCGUGCGCUGCUCCUUCAUACGAACUGAUUCUGAGGAAACUUUGUUCUGUAGCUCAGACCUCAGAGCCAGCUAUGGUCUGGAAUUCAUCCCGACAACCGCGUGUUCCCGCGGGAUCAUAACCCUUGUAUCAUAUGAGUGACGCGUCACAGUCUACAGAGCUCGCUGAUCGUUGGUCAACAUACCUACCGUUUUUACUCUAUGUAGCUACAUUUCUUUUCGAGCCUUAACCGAUGGUGUUCGUGGGCGCAGUCGCAGACGGUAACUAGUAUAUAAUAAUUAAGUCUUGUCUUACAACUAGUGACAAUGUUUAGACAUACACACAAUAAGCAACACAAAUUAUCACAACUCCAGUACAUAAUCAUUUAUUUGAUAAACAAUCUGCGGUACAUUCAGUACGGCCGGUCCCGGGCCGGCGGCCGCCUGCCCUCACUCGGGAGGUGCACCGACGCCUAAUCUCAAUCUUCGCAGCAAACAUCGAGCUUGUCAAAAUUUUGCUCUCUGUUGAAGUAAAAAGUUAUAAUGAUAUUAGUUGUUGUUUAUAUUCCUCUAAAACAUACAAAACAGCCAUAUAUAUAUAUUGAUGUGUGUUUAUUCGCAUUAUUAUGUAUGUCGUGUGAGAUCACACGCUUAGAAUUAUUGAACAUGGCUUUUAAAAUGCCCUGUCUGCAUUAGUGUGAUGUUUGGAAAGCGGUGUAAAUGUUGCCAGGCUGCGGUGUGACACACACACACACACACACACGCUACUCGGCCUGUACGUCGUUCCAUCUUCGGCGGCGUCCGGGGUGAAAAAAUAUUAGAUCCAUAUGAGACACGAAAUAUUUUAAAAUAUGUAUGAUUUAAAGAAAUUCAAUAAAGACAAUUUUUUUCA